AUGACUAUCGCUCACUUGAGCGCCACCUGCCUCCAGACUUGUAAACGUUACGAGAUUCCACAGUUCAUGCUCACCUGCUGCAAGAGGUGUGUGGUCCAUCUGACCUCAGAGGCCCAGGGGUCAAAGGGAAAGACAACCCCGAUGUGGCUGCAGUUCCUUCUGGCCCCACACAGAUCCCAGGUUCCUGAGGACCUCUACCCUCUGGCUGAUUCGGAGGCUCUGACCAUUAAUCACCUGGCCAGGAGCGGAGAGUUUGUAGUCCACCACAGUGCUAUAUUGAAGCCCUGCCUACACUCAGUAAGAAUUCCUCUUUGUUUCAUCAGCACCUUAAGUAUGAAGUUGUUCAGUGAUGUCAACUACACAAAACUAUUGGCCAUUCCACAGCUCGGGAUUGAACUGAGGACCACUGUGUAUGUCGAGGUUAAAGCCACCAACUUGACAGGCCAGUAUGACGUCCUGCUUGACCGAUGCUACGCCUCCAUCUCCACAGUGCCUUCUUACUCCAGUUUCUUUAACCUGUUUGUCCCCUGUUCAAAGGAUCAGUUCACCACUAUGAUCGAGAACGGAGACAGCCAGAGCUCCCGCUUCAACUUCCCGGCCUUCCGCUUCAUCGAGCAGCAGAACCAAACCGUGUCCACCUACUACCUCCACUGCAUCACCCGGCUGUGUGAAAUAAGCACUUGCAGCACCUUCAAGAACUGUAACAAAAGAAGGAAGAGGAACACCCUGGACACAUCUUUGACCAAGACGUACACCAUCUCUUCUUCAAAGAUUAUCACCAAAGCCAACAGCAACAAGUCCAAAGAGAAACCUCUUGUUGGCGGCCAAAAAAAUAACGCUGGUGUGGGGCUGUUGGCGUUUUUGCCUUUGUUUGCCUUAUCGCCACUUGUGUCACAGCUGUGUGUCGCAAAAAGCUGA